AUGUACUUUCGAAACAAGCCCAAGGCUGCAAGAGAACGAGACCGCUCGUUCUGGAGCUGGACGAAGCUCGGAUACUCAAGAGAGGAGAAGGAUCACAUUAUUUUCGAAAUAGUUGAGAGCCUGUACAGAGACAACUUGCUCGAAAGAGAUCUCCGAACAAUCGCUGCUCAGAACAGAGUACACCGUCAUCUUAUAAAAGUUAUACAAGCAAGGGGCUUCUUACCGACCUCGUUCAAAGACCUACAUGCCCGUCGACCGAAGGAGUUGCGAACCCGUCUUCUGCGCGUAGUAACCGCCUACAAAUGGACGUAUCUGCGCCAAAGAGCUCAACGCUUCAGUCGAAUCGAGCUGCUUCCGACAGAAAUGAUCAGUGCGAUUGGCAAAUUCCUACAGUUCGGAGCCCUGUACCAUUUCGGCGCAGCGUCGAAAAGACUGUGGGUGGCGCUAAAGUUUGACCGGAGAAAACGUCUAGGCGAGAAUCCACUGGCCUCAAGAGCCGACUACGGUCGAUAUCUCUUCAGAAAUGUACCUGGAGGUCCGCUUAAUUACCUGAGAGAAGCAGAAAAUGUUGACCAGCCCAUGCUGUGGGCUGUUCAGAACGGAUGGACCGGAGCGCUACGGGCCUUUCUGCAACGAUCAACCAACCCGAACUGCAUCUCGCUAUUUGGCAAUUGCAUGCUAUAUGUUGCCCUUUCCUGCGGUCAACCGGAAUGUGCGCAAAUUUUGAUACGAGCUGGGGCAUUGCUGGAUGUAUCAGAUCCAGGAGAUGGGAUGUCCCCACUUUUGGCGGCUAUUUGCGGUCAGUCAGAUGCAAUAUUCGAUAUAUUAAGAGAGGAGCCUCCAUUGCUGAGCAAAGGUGAAUGGGAUGCACUUUGGGAGCAUAUGCAUGAGGUACCAAAGACCCAAGAGUGGCUGAUUGAAUCGGGAGUUUGCAUAGAUGACCUUGCGGACCUUGAAGCACAGUAUGAAUUCAAUCCGCUCCCGAUAAUUUUUUGUUUUGACUAG